AGCAGGUGGGCUUCGGGAGAGAUGUAUAUGUUUUUACUAUAAUAGAUGUAGACAUAAACAUAUAUGUGGUGUAGCGGUAGCUAUGAGCACAUUUACUUGAGGGGUCGCGGGUUCGAAUUCCCUUGGAGCCUGUUUUUUUAAUUUAAUUUUAGCUAGGCGUGGGAUGCACGUGGGAAUGAGAAUGAGCUUUGUGGGAGGGGGAAUGAGAAAGACACAUGACAACCGGGAAUGAAAAUGUGAAUGAGCUUUGCAGGGAGGGGGAAUGAGAAAGACACGCAGUCGGGAAUGGGAAUAGGCUUUGCGGGGAGGGCGGAAUGGGAAUGGCAGAACACGGAAUGACAGCCUACCCCUUACCGUCUUAAUAGGUAGUAGAGAUUUAUAUUCAAUAUUAAAAACAUCUGAGCAUGACGUUCUACUGGUUAGAUAACUUUACCUAGUGUCUCUCGCCCUUCUUCCAUCAGGGCAUGGGUUCGAACCUCACCUGCUGCUGCACCGUUUUACGCUGAUUUAAUCAAAUGGGUCGACGUACUAACGGGUUGGCCCGGCACAGUCAGCAGGCCCGUGGGCGUCUGGCCCGUGCCGGACCGCCGUUUGGCCAUAUAUAGCCGUGCAACGGAUUAAUUUGAAAUAGCUGCGAGGGGUUAUUUGUAAAAAGAUAACGCGGGACGACCGUUGAAACUGAUGUUUUAAGUAUAGUAUAGAUUUUCAAUGGACAUUAUAAUGAAAAUCAAGAAAGCAUGUCCUAUGUUACUGCUUCCCCAUUGCAGAUAUGAAGCACGAAAUGUUUCAGAUACUAAGCCUAGAUGUGACAGAUCUACUUUGUUCCUUGCUACUUUUUGGCAUGGUCACUCCCUAUUUGCCAUCAUCGCACAACCAUCGCCGAAGGCUGCCAAUUCUAUUGAAAAUAGGAUUUUUGUUAAUGAUGGGAGAAAAUAAAUUGAUGGGCAAAAGAUGGGAGGACAUGGACACUGAUGUCCUUGUGAAGAUAUUCAAGGAACUAAAUUUGGUUGAGUUGUCACCGGUAUCUCAAGUUUGUCGUUUGUGGCGCUUGGCCUGUUCAGAUCCACUUAUUUGGGGCACUCUUGACUUUGGAUUGUUAAAAUCCAAUUUUAUUCAGACAAGAGCAUCACCAUAUAUUUGGGUUGAUGAUAGGUCUGACAGGAGACUUGCAAGAAUACUACGGGUGGCUAUGGCAAUUAGCUGUGGGAACGUCAACUGCAUGAUAUUUCAUUACAAUUUGUUCAUGAAAGAUGAGCACCUUCAUUUCAUCUCAGAAAGCAGAUCUCCUCAUUUAAAACGGUUGGUUAUGCCAGCAUGGAACCGCAUCACCAAAGUGGGAAUAUGUAAUGCUAUCCAAAGGUGGCAGGCGCUGGAGUCCUUGACAAUGCCUACCAUCGGACAUCCUCCAUAUAUUAUGGAAGAGAUAGCAAGGAGCUGCAAGAAUUUCACAGAACUUAAGAUCAUGGGCUCAUUUGAUCAACAAUUUGCCUCGGCGAUUUUGCAGUUCCUUCCAAAGCUGAAAGUGCUGAGCCUUCGUUGCUCGAAGGUGUCCAUGGAUGCACUGCAAUGUUUGCUGAACUCGAUGGAGUAUCUUGAGGUUCUGAAUAUUUCACACUGCCUGCUGUUGGUUGUGGCGGCAAAUGGGCGGAAGCAAGUGGUUCAUGAACUGGACAGCCAAAUUCUCGAGAGAGCUUCACGGCUGCGUGAAUUCCACUACUGCCAAAGUAGGUUGUGCGUCGCGUGCCAGCGGAUGGUGGUGGAUGAAGGCAUCAUGCGCUGGUACAGGUACGAGGAUUGGUUUUGGCGUCGGGAUGAGGUGAGGUCCCUUGAUCUGCAAGAUUAUGGGAAGCUGUUUGAUGUUGGUUGCGAGAGGUUGACGUCUGUGGAUUAGAUGCUAAUAAUAGGGGAGCAAAACCUGCCCUCCUCAGUCUAGAAACUUGUUUAUUGGCAUUCAUAAAACAUAGCAAGUGACGAGGGGUAACAGUAGAUUAAUAAUAUCGAUAACAAUGUGCGUGAAUGGUGUGCGCGUGUUUAGCUACUGUAAAUCCAUGAAUAGUUCGUGUUGUUUGGAGAAGUUUGUUAUAGCCAGUAUGGUGUCAAGAGUAUCUCUACAAUUUGUUUUUAAGUGAUGUGGCAUUGGACAUGAAUAGUAUUUGGCUUUAUACGCUAGAGCGUAAAA